UAAUUUCAAUUACGUGGACUUCAUGCUAAGUUAUACGAUUAUGUUAUCGAAAAAGUACUGCGCAUACUCAUGUACAGUAUAUGUACUGUACUUUAGUUAAGUAUAGAACCUUUCACAAUGCUUAUCAGCUCUUCGAAAAAUUAAAUUAAGUAUUCUAAGAAAAACUUCACAUGAAAAUGGUACAACAAUAUUUACAAUAAAAAGAAAAAAUUAAUUAAUAAUGUCUCAAGCAAAAAGAGGAAACAUUCAUGCAAAUAGAGGAAGAGGUGAGAGUCACUCCUCUAGAGGAAGAGGUGAGAGUCACUCCUCUAGAGGAAAAGGUGAGUGUCACUCCUCUAGAGGAAGAGGUGAGUGUCACGCCUUUAGAGGAAGAGGUGAGAGUCAUUCCUCUAGAGGAAGAGCUGAAAGUCAUUUCUCAAGAGGUGGAAGUAAAACUUAUUCUUCUGAAGAAAGAGAUGAAAAUCAUUCUGAGAGAAAAAGAGGAGGAAUUCAUUUUAAUAGAGGAAGAGGAGAAAAGUUUUCCUUUAAUACUAAAUAUAAAAAAUCCCAAAAUGAAAAUCAAAAGCAAGAUAAUUUCACUUAUGAUUUAUACAACAUGAAAGAAAGUAAGAAAAAGUAUAAAUCAAAUGAGAAUAUUUCUUCAUAUUGGAAACAAUCUAAUGAGAAUAUUAGUGGUAGCCAAUUUGAAUUAAAUUCAUUUUGUCCUUUUGAAAAAAAAUCAAAUAAAAUCACAAAAAAUAAAAAUUCUAUUGUAAAUAAGAUUCUUGAUUAUUCAGAAGAAUGUUUUGACAAAAAAACUCAGAAUUUAGAUCCAUCUGUGAAAAAGAAAGAAAGAAAGAGAAAACAUAAAAAAAAUAAAAAAAUUAAUAUCACAGAACAAAAUGCCAGAAGUACAAAUAUACCAGUAAAUAUGAAAAUUAAACAACGAAGUAUUCCAGAUCUAUUAACAUUUGUUAGGAAAUUUUCAGAAAAAUUAUUUGAAUUUAAUGAUGAGGUGGAAAGUAUUGAUGAUGAUUUAGAAAAUAAUAGCAAUGAUAAUAUAAAGUAUGAAAUUCCAAAACAGCUUAAAGCUUCAAAUUCAGUUCCUGAUGAUGAUGAUAAGUCAGAGAUUUAUGACACUGAAAGUGAGAGUUCCAGUUAUUCAUCAGACAGUUUUGACAAAAUGGAUGAUAUUGAGACAAAUUUUAAUAAUACUAUAUCAGUGAAACCUAGCAAAAAGUUCACAAUAAAUCAAGAAUGUUAUAUUGGUGUCUAUUGGGACAUUGAAAAUUGUCCUGUUCCUAGCAAGAAAUUAGCUUCAGAUAUAGUAAAAAAAAUUAGGAAUAAAUUCUAUGGCAACUGUACAGAAGCUGAAUUUUUAGUUUCAUGUGAUAUAAGAAAUAUUAACGAUGAUAUAGUUACAGAUUUAAAUGAUGCUCAAGUAACUGUUGUUCAUGUAGACUGUUUAAAUAAAAAUGCAGCAGACAACAAAUUAAAAGUAUAUCUACGCAGAUUUGCAGAUAAUUAUAGACAUCCAAAUUCUUGCAUUGUUUUAAUUUCGGGAGAUUGUGAUUUUGUACCUGAUCUUCAUGAUUUACGAUAUCGUCAUCAAAUAAACAUUAUUGUUCUUCAUAACAUUCAAGCUAAGAAAAAUCUUAAAGAUGUUGCAAAUUUUGCACAGGAAUUUAAUGAGUUUUGUAAAGAUUUACCUGAUUAUCAGAAAGUACAAAAACAUAUUAUUAUACAAAAUCUACCUAUGAAUAAAAAACUAAAAGGUGAAAUAAGAACAUUUUUAAUAGAUUUUUUGAAAGGAUAUAAUUAUAAUUAUUUAAAAAUUAAUAAUGGAAAUGCAGAAGUUGGUUUUAAAAAUGAUAAAAUGGUGAAAAGUGCUUUAUCAAAAUUGAAUGAAAUCAAUUUAUUUGGAAAUAAUAUCUCUGCAAAAGAAAUAGAAUUUCAAGAAAGUAAAGAACUAAAAGAAGUAGAAAAAAAUGACAUAAUAGAAGUGGAAAAAAAUAAUAUAAAAGAAGAAAAAUCCUUUGAUUCAACAGAUGAUAAAGAAUUUAAAAUAAUUUUACAAGUUGAAGAAUGUAAAAAUAAGUUAUUCUGGCAACAGUUUUUCAAAACUCUUUUUCCAAAAACUAAUUUUCAAAUGCAGAAUAUAAAUGAGCAACAAAAAUUAAUAACUCUUGCUUUUGAAAGUUUAAAUAAGUCAAAAAAAGCAUUGAAAAUAAUUAAUAAACACAGAAUGAACGAAGCAUCACCAAAAAUACACAAUAUUAUAUCAGAUGAAAAAGAAAAUAUUGUGAAAUUAGAUAACAAUGUAGAAAUAAUUUCAAAAUGUUUAAAAUUAAUAGAUUCAAAAUCAGAUCAAUCAGUAAAAUUACAUAAUACAAAGAAAGAAAAAUUUUUUACAGAAAAUCCCUCUUCUUUCUAUUUACCUGAUAUUGAUGAAUCUGAAUGUCGACAUGUGACCGAAAACCGGCUUAAAAUUAUGAAUGAGCAAAAGUCAGAGUUUUUAAGUUAUAUUAAAAAUAAAAAACGAAAAGUAGAAGAAUGUUCAAGUUUAUCAACAGAUAUUUGUAUAAACUUAACUGAUGAAAUUAAGAAAGAAAUUGAACAUGAAUGCCAUUUGUUUUUAUCAGGAAAUCCCGCAUACUCUAAAAAGUCCACAAUCACUAACAUUUUGGAAAAAAGUAACAUAUGUGUACUUCAUAUGGAUAACCAUUUAUAUGACAAUUCAGAAAUUGGCCAUUAUCUAUUAAAAACCAAUUAUGCAAAAGAUGGCAUCAUCGUUCAUAUUAAACCAAAAAUGAAAGUAUCUAAAAGUUUUCAAGAUGAUGAGAAAGCAUUUGAUUUUAUUACUCAAAAGAAUAAUUCUGGCAUUAUUAGUAUGACAGAUUAUUCAUUUUUAAAGUAUUUUUUACGCAAUAAGAAUUUGGAAAAUAUAAAAUGUAUUAUUUUUGAUACAAUAGAAGAAAGAUAUUUAUAUACAGAAGCUUUAUUGUUGUUAUUACGAGAGAGACCAAUUAAUGAAACGAAUUUUAAAUUAUUAUUUAUAACAAAUGAUAUAUCUGCUAUUGAGAAUUAUUUUCCAGUAAAUAAAGAAAUAAUUUGUGAUUUUGGUAAAUGGAAUUAUCCUGUCAAUAUAAUAUGGAAAGAGAAUAAUGUUGAUAUAGGUUUCAAUUACAUUCAGGAUUGUGUCGAAUGUAUCAUGUUUAUUUGUGAAAAUACAAUUAUUACCAGAAAUAUUUUAAUUUUUUUAACAUCUGUUUUGGAUAUUCAGCAAGCUAUUUUUCUUCUUGAAAGAUUUUUAGAUAGAAAGGGAAUCAAAGAAUUUGAAUUGAUUCAGUUUCAUGAGUUCCAAGAUGAAAAGGAACAGAAAGAAAUGUUUUCUGCUAAUAAAGACAAACGAAAAAUUAUUUUUUCAACAGAUUGUGGUAGAAUUUCUAAACUUAUGACUUCUGUUCAAUGUGUAAUUGAUUGUGGUUUUACAUUGAAAGAGGUUUACAAUUCUUGCAAUGGUAGUUGUGACAUUUGGAAAAAGUUUCAAAGCAAAUAUUCUUCGGAAAUGCGUAAAUCUUGUGCAGGAAGUCAUGGUCCAGGAAUAUGUUAUCGUUUAUUUAGCAAAGAUGAUUAUAAGGAAAAAAUGAAUGAUAAAGAAUUAUCUGAUUUAUAUCAGAAUGAUUUAAGUCAUCUAUUCCUGUUAUUUUUACAGCAUGAAAUAAAUCCGUUUAACUUUAAUUAUGGAAAAAAUAUUUCUGUUGAUUAUUUAAAUACAUUUAAGAAAAAACUUAUUCAGUUAAAUGCAAUAAAAGACAACAAAUUAACAGAAAUUGGUAGUGAAAUGUCAAAAUUAAAUUUUGAACCAAGUACUGCCAAAUUAAUAAUUAGAGGCUAUGAAGAAGGAAUUCCUUUUGAAAUUUCUACUCUUGCGGCAUUAUCUAUAAUUUCUGGAUAUAUUAGUUUCCAUCAAGAUCCUAUCGAACAAACAAAGCAAUGGAGAUUUAAUCAACCAAAUGGUGACUGGAAAACUUUUCAUACAAUGUAUACUGAGUGGCUCUCAGUACCUAAAAAGUCAAAACAUUAUUGGUGUCAAUUAAAUAAUAUUAAUAUAAAUGCAAUAAAAAUAUAUCAUGAACUUUCAAAUAAUAUUACAUUGCAUGUUUCAAAAAUAUGUAAGAAGAAAAAUUCAUCUGACAAGGCCAACUGUGAUAUUAAAAUACAAAAGCUGCUUUUGGAAGCUUAUCCAAAUAAUUUAUGUUGUUGUUCAGAUCAAGUAAAUGAACAAUAUUGGAAUGCUUUCUAUCCUAAUAAUUUAUUGAUUCAUUCAUUAACAUCGAUAAAACAUUUAGGAAUAUUUCCUGAAUUUAUUGUAUAUCAGAAGAUAUUUAAAUUAUCAGAUUGUUUUAUUCUCGGUGUUAAUGCUAUUAAAGAAGAAGUUUUACUUGAAAUGGAAAGAGAUGGUAAAUUGCCUGUUAGUGUUAAUGAUUUGAAGAUGCAAAUGUUAGUAUCAAUCAAAAUUUCUGAUUUGAGUCUACCUUUAUUGAAAUCUUUGAUGGGAAGGAAUAAACAAAAUUUGAAUUUAAUUGAAAAUAAAGUAAGAAAUAUUGUACAGGAUAAUAUAACUAGAAUUGAAAUUAAUUCACUGAAAGGUGAAAUCAUUGUACAUACAAAACAAAAAAAUGUUGAUAAGGUUAAAAUUUUUAUAUAUGAAAUAUUGCAAAAUGAGAAAGAAAAGAUAUUAAAUGUAGAAAAUGAAAUAUUUAUUGAUGGUUAUCUAAAGAAUAUUAGAUUGCUAAUUGGUUCUGGAAUGGUAGUGAAAGAUGUAAUGAUGCCGAAUGAAAGUCGUAAUGUACAUAUCAAAUCCAAUAAACCAUUAGAUGAUAUUUUGGGUAUGUUAGAGGACAACUGUGGAAAAAUUUGUAAUUAUGAAGUAAAUAAAAAAGGAAUUAUUGUAACAUUCGAGAAAGCUGCCUUUGCAGAAAAUGCAGUAAAUAAAUUUUCUAAUGAAACUAACUUCAAAAUUUUAUAUCAAACAAAUUUAGAUUCAUCUUUUAAGAAACCUCCACCUCUUAUAUUGACAAUGACAUGGUUUAGAAGACCUUGCUUAGGUAUAGGAUUUAUUAAUUUUGAAUCUGAAGUUGAAUUACAUGAAAUGCUUUCAAAGUUACCUACAAUUGAAAUUGAAAUCAAAGGGAAAAAAACAAUUCUUCAAAUAAACAAAAAAAAGAGAGAUAGUUUGAGUUUGAAAAAUUUGCCUGAAACAACAACAGCAGGAGAUAUUGAAUCUGCUAUAAAGACAUUACAGUCAGAUAUUUCCUAUAAAAGUAUUAUAGUGUCUCGUAAAAAAGCAUAUUCAUCUACAGAGGAUGAAAUUGAAAUAAUUAAGAUGACAUUACAUAAUAUUUUUGACAAAUAUACUAAUUCUAAAGAAUUAGAAAUUGACAUUGAAAAACCAAAAGAAUCUUCAAUUGUUUGGAAAGCUACCCUUUCCUUCACAAAUAUUCUUGAUGGUUUUACAGCAAUAGCAUCUUUAAAAAAUAUCCCACUUACAGGAAGUCAAAUAAAAUUAGAUUUAUCACUUGCAAUAAAUUGUCACUUAAAGUUAUUUUAUUGCAUAAAAGAUCAACUUGAAGAAGCAAUAAAUAUGUUUACAACUGGAGAAAACAGUAAUGAUUCAUUGAAAAUUGUAGCAAAACCAUUUGGAGAUCUUGUGUCAAUUAAGAUUCAAAGUAAUAAUAUUAAUGAUAUAAUUAAAGUUAAGUCAAUGUUUUGUGAUAUUAUAGAAGGUCAAUGUAUUAGUGAUUUAAACGAAACACAACUUAAUAAUAUAAGUUUAAACAGUGGAACUGAAUUAAUAAAAAAUUUAGAGGAAACAUUCCAUUUAUAUAUUCAAACUGAUUGUAUUAAAAAGAAAAUUUCAAUUUGUGGUGAUCUUCAAAACACUAAAACUGCAAAAAAUAUAAUUAACAAUUUUUUGGAUAAUUCCAAAACUUACAAACAGUUUGAAUUACUGAGAGAUGAUAUUCCUCGUGGUGCAUUGUGUGCUAUUGCUAAAUCAUAUGGUCAUAACCUUGAUGAUUUAAGAAAGUCCUGUAAUCUUGAAGAGCUUAAAUUUAAUUUUGAAGAGCGUUUAAUAAUGGUUUGUGGAACUGAUGCUUCUAUCAAAAAGUUUGAAACCAACUUGAAUAAACUAUAUACAAAGAUUCAAAAGAAUAAAGAACUAAAUGAUGAACUGAAUGAAAUAUGUCCUAUUUGUUGUGGUGUUAAGGAUGAAAGUUUCUAUUGUCUUUUAUGCUGUGAACAUGUCUUCUGCAAACCAUGUUUGCUUAUGCAAAUUCAGUAUGGAAAUCUGCCAUUAAUUUGUCAAAAUAAAGUAAGUGGAAGUUUAUUUAGUUUGUAAUUUAUUUAUUAUUAA